UGCUGCUCCCUCUGCGGGUGUGUGUUGGGUGUGUUUCACAGAUUCCUCCGGACUCCACCCAGCAGCCGUCCUCUCUCCACACUUCGUGGAAAACCGUGUCGCUGCAGCUGCUACGCGUCGGCCCGACUGCUUCAGUCUCGCGGACUUAAAAGCGACCAGUCUUCGCUGUGACGGGACCGGAAGUGACCACCUCGAGGCAGAUAACUGUGGGAAUACAAGAAGCAGCUGGACGCUUCAUAAUUUGGCGUCAUGUCCAGGUCAGACUACCCUCCAGGGUACGACAACUCCCAUGGUCCGAUGUACCCACCUCAGGGUGGGGGCUACCCGCCUCCACCUUCUUAUGGCUUCCCCUCCUAUGGUGGUCCUCAGCCGGGUCAGCCUUUCGCUCCCUAUCCAAGCGGCCCAAAUGCCCCUCUCUUCCCGGGCCAACCAACGGGGUAUCCUGCCGCUCCGUACCCAGGACAGCCGCAACCUGCAGGACCUCCGGGAUCGGGCUACCCCGCCCCACCACCAAUGCCUCCAGUCAUGCCCCCCACCAUCCCAUCAGGAGUUCUGAGCUCAGACGAGGAGUUCGCGGCGAGCGGCAGCAACUGGGACGACAUGAGCAUUCGGCAUGCCUUCAUCAGAAAGGUUUACAUGAUCCUGGCCUCCCAGCUCCUCGUUACCACAGCCAUCGUUGCCAUAUUCACCUUCGUUUCACCGGUCCGAGAUUUUGUACGGAAAAACCAGGCUGUGUACUGGGCGUCAUACGCUGUGUAUUUCAUCACCCACAUUGUGUUGGUUUGCUGUAAAGGCCCACGGAGGAAGUUCCCAUGGAACGUCAUUCUGCUGCUGAUCUUUACUCUGGCUCUGUCUUACAUGACUGGAACCAUCUCGAGUUACUACAACACAAAAGCUGUGUUUCUGGCUCUCGGGAUCACUGCUGUUGUGUGCAUCGCUGUCACAGUCUUCUGUUUCCAGACAAAGGUGGAUUUCACAAAGUGCCAGGGCCUCUUCUGCGUCCUCGGGAUUGUUAUGUUUGUGACCGGCAUCAUCACAGCCAUCGUGCUUUCCUUCAAAUAUAUUUAUUGGCUUCACAUGCUGUACGCGGCGAUAGGCGCCAUAGUGUUCACUCUGUUCCUGGCAUAUCACACUCAGCUCCUGAUAGGAAACAGGAAGUACUCCAUCAGUCCGGAGGAGUACGUCUUCGCCGCGCUGUCCCUCUACGUCGACAUCGUCCAGAUCUUCCUGUUCCUGCUGCAGAUUAUCGGAUCCUUCACCAAAUGAGGCUGAGCGAUCCGGAUGGGCGCUGGAAAGGAAUACGUUGCUUUUUUCUCUGUUACAACUUUUACUUUUUUUUUUUUUUGGGGGGGGGAGCGUAAAAAACAAAUCAUAGCAUAAAAUUUAUUAAGGUUUUGAACCAAUGCAGGGAUAGAAUCAAGUGGCUCAAUCUGAUUUUUGUUACCAUGUAUGGAGAUAACGAAAACUACUUUUAUACUUGUAAUAUACAUAUUUAUAUUAUGCACUCGUCAUCUAGUGAUGAUAAACACCCCUGUUUAAAUUCCACAUUUAUAUCAAGUGAAGCAUUAUAGACCCAUUUAAAACGUUUUCUGCCUUUUUAUUAUGCCAUGUGUGGAGAAUUCAGUUGAAAAAACAAAAUAAAAAUAUUAAAAAAUUACAAAACAGAAUGGAACUGCCAUCAUAUUUCAGUGUUUUCUACAGAGCUAUUAAAUGUUCUCUAGAUCUGUCCUGGGAUAGUUUAUAAUGCGUUUACAGAGGCACUAGCCCAGGGCUACAGUUUUUGAGGGCGCCUCCCAAUUAAUUUUAUUUUAUUUUUUAAUGAAUGGAUGUUUUGCAAACGUCAUUAGUUAUAUAAAACGUAAGAUGGCCCAAAUUAGGUGAAUUGUAUUAAUAUUUUGGGGGUUUUAUGAGUAUAAACAAUAUUCACAUCUUGGAUAAGUUAGUCGAUUUGUUUGGAAACCACGUUUAAUUAUUAUUCGUCUAUCCAGCAUUAAGUUGGAGUUUCCUUAUUAGGCAUUUUGUUUUCCAGUUGAAGCUCACAGGGUGUGGAGAAAAAACCACCUCAAAAAAAAAUCAUCAGCUCAUAUUUUUCUGUCACAAUAAUAUUUUAACAGGCGUGUGUUUGCUUGAGAUUCACUGUAAAUAGCUGCUGUCUUUUUUUUUUUUUUUCUUCUUUGCAACAACUUACUAACCUGAAUGUGCCACUAUAAGCAAUAUCACCUGUAUCCUUGGCAAAAAAAAUCUUUUUCCUAAAACUACUUCAUUAUGUAAGAUGUUGUCCUGUAGUGACUCAGUCAGAUCAGAAGCAGUCUGAGCCAGCAGGGUGGAGUUGAACCGGUGAAAUGUUUCAGCUGAAGGAAAAAAAAAAAAAAA